CGGAUCUAGGAGCAUCUGCCAUGCUCCCAAGUUUGUCGUCACGCACAAGCAGCAGUGGUAACCAACGGAGCCUGGAGAGCAUGAAGCCUGUGGUUCCCCCAGGUGUCCGCGUCACUGCCGUGACAUCACUCGCCUCGUCGAAUAACUCACUGAACGUUUCGACCUCAGCAUUGCAACCACAAACGGGCCAACCAAAUACUCGAUCAUUGUCGUCUUCUUCCAGUGCUGUGCCAGCAGGAACUACAGGGAAUACGUCGUUCAGUGCAGUUGGAAAUUUAGCUGGAUCCACCAAAGGUGCUUGCGUCGACCACCGCUCAACACAAUCUACUUCAGGCGAUCAAGCCAGCUCGAGCUCGUCAUCGUCUGUAUUUACUACAACAAAAUCUGCGACGCAUGUUGGUGCGAGUAACGGUGGCAACGUUAACCUGGGUAUUAGAAGCAAGCCAGUCGCAGUCGCAGGGGAGCCGCGCUGCAAUUCGACGCCGCCAUCCAGUGAGCACUUUCACUCAGGGCUCAAGGCUACGGCGUCGAACUGGCCCAAGCUUCCAUCAGCAGCAAUGUCACAGCCCAUUAUUAGCAAAGCCAAUGAUGUAGCAACAGCAGGGGGAAACUUAUUUAACGCUGCCAAAGCUUCAGCAACUGGUCAGCAGUUUGAGACUGAGAAGAGUAGAAGUUCUUGUGCGUAUCUCUUCGAUACUGGACGCAGUGCUUCUCCUGUUUUGGAUGCGGAACAACAAAAGCUUAUCGAAUUAACCGCUGAGAUAAAUAUGACGAAUAGUGUUACACCGAUGUCUUCUAGUACAGCAACGACCCAAUCCCAAUCAUCAAGCACCGUCGUGUUCAAACGUGACAGGCCCGCUCGCCAUGCGGAGAGUAACUCCACAGUCGUCGUAGCGCACGCGGCCUCCAAUGCGGAACCAGGUCGCUCUGGAUUUUCAAAUGCACAAGGUUUGGAUCCCGUCUCAGAAGUGGAAGACAGAAGACUUCGGAGUAGCUCGAAUACUUCGGCAAAACGCAGUAAAACGAA